GAGCAUAUUCAAAGCUAAUUCCGGCCAUUUCCAUACCCUUUCAAUCCUCUUCCUCUUGCCUAUCUUUUUCUCUCUCGUCGUUUAUCCUUCUUUUCACCUCGCUCUCUUUCAUCCCGAUUACGAUUUCAUCACUCAACCUCAAUUUUCACACUUUUUCCUUUCCAGUUUCGAAAUUGUUGUACCAGUAGCGUACACUCUGUUUCUUGUCCUCCCUUUUCUUUGCGCCGUAGCUACAAUUACACACAGCACUGUUCAAGCAUCCUGUGGUAAACCUAUCAACCUCGUUUCUUCUAUUAAAUCUAUCAGAUAUUCCUUCUUCCCCCUUCUCUCCACCUUUAUCGUUUCGCAAACCAUUUUCAUUUCAAUCACUCUCAUUUUCGCCCUUGUCUUGGUUUUCUUAGUCCAAGUUCUUCAAACUCUUGGACUCAAAUAUGACUCGAAUCACUUCUUGUUUUUGGUUAUUCCCGUGGUGAUAGUGCUCUUGCCAGUUUUGAUAUGGCUGCAGGUUAACUGGUCAUUAGCUUAUGUGAUAGCAGUAGUCGAAUCCAAAUGGGGUUUCGAAACACUAAGGAGAAGUGCCUAUUUGUUAAAGGGGAAGAGAUCUGUAGCUAUGUCGAUGAUGAUGUUAUAUGGGCUUUUGAUGGGAAUAAUGGUGGUUUUAGGUGCCAUGUAUUUGGUCAUUGUGGGUGCAGGGAAGGGUCAUCAAUGGAGAAGUUUAGGGGUAAUAUUGCAGACUGCUCAGGCUUCUGUAAUUGGCUAUAUGAUGAUGAGUCAAUUUCUUGUGGGGAAUGUUGUUUUGUAUCUGCGUUGCAACGACUUGAAUGGUGAAAAAUUGCCCUUGGAAAUCGAUCAUCUUCUUCUUCAUCAAUCUUUAGCUAAUGAUCAUCCACCUCCAAUGUCGUCCGCUUCUUCGAAAAAUCGUAACCUAUGGACAGAGGUCGUAGAAUCAAGAAUGAGCAUAUUCAAAGCUAAUUCUGGCCAUUUCCAUGCACUUUCAAUCCUCUUCCUCUUGCCUAUCUCUUUCUCUCUCGUCGUGUAUCCUUCUUUCCACCUUGCUCUCUUUCAUCCGGACUAUGAUUUCAUCAGUUUCGCUCAACCCCAUCUUUUCCUUUCGAAUUUCGAAAUUAUUGUACCAACAAUGUACUCUCUUUUUUUGGUCCUCCUUUUCCUAUGCGCCGUAGCCACAACUACAUAUAGCGCGGUUCAUGCAUCCUAUGGUAGACCUAUAAACCUCGUUUCAUCGAUUAAAUCUAUCAGAAAGUCCUUCUUCCCCCUUCUAUCCACCUUAGUCAUUUCGCAAACCAUUUUCAUUUCAAUCACCCUCUUUUUCGCCCUAAUCUUGACUAUUGUAGUCCAAAUAUUUCAAGCUCUCGAACUAAUUGAACUCAAAUACGACUCAAAUCACUUCUUGUUUUGGGUUGUUCCUGCUUUGAUUGUGCUUGUGCCAGUUCUGCUAUGGCUACAGGUUAACUGGUCAUUAGCUUAUGUGAUUGCAGUAGUCGAAACCAAAUGGGGUUACGAAACACUGAGGAAAAGUGCCUAUUUGGUGAAGGGGCAGAGAUGGGUAGCUUUUGGGAUACAUUUAUAUUACGGGUUUUCAAUGGAAAUGCUGAUGGUUUGUGGUUCAAUGUUUAUAGUCAUUGUGGGUGCAGCGAAGGGUAAUCAGUGGAUGAGCUUGGGCGUGAUACUGCAGACUAUGCUGGUUUCAGUGAUGGGAUAUAUAAUGAUGAAUCAGUAUCUUGUGGCGAACGUGGUUUUGUAUAUGAAAUACAAGGACUUGAACUGUGAAAAAUUGCAUUCGGAAACUGGAGGCGAGUUUGUUGCUGGCAAGUACGUUUCCCUGUCUUUGGAUGAACAGAAGAAUCAUGUUACUGCGUAAUUUGUAAGUAGUGAAUUUGGCCGGCUAUUUGUGUAAUGAUCAUUUUGAUUAAUGCCUCUAUGUAUCGUAUAAUUUUUGGUUGUCUUUGUAGAAAGUUAAACGUGUGUGCUAGAUGGUUCUCCUCUUUUUUCUUCUUGUUGAAUAUUGAAUAAAAACAAUAGCUGUAAUUGAUAUGUAUUACAGUGAUAAACAAUUAUGGAGUAUAUGUAUUAUUGUGUUGAAUAUGAGUAAUGAGUUGAACCAAAA